UGUAAUCAGUCUUCACUGUAUGAAAGAGAGAUUACAGCUCUAGUAUUGCACUGCUGAUUCAUCUCUCUCUCUCUCUCUCUCUCUCAGCAUGCAAAAUGAAUAAACUAGUCCAUGAGAUGUCUUAGAGCUACCAAAAGGACCUUCAUUCGUUUCAUAUACAAAGAUAAAGAUCGGGUUCAAAAGUUGCCUGAACUGGUAGUAUUGUAUAAUUUAGCAAAGGAUGUUGCUAAGCUGUGAUCCAACUGACAAUGAAGCUGGUAUGAAGCGCUUGGAGGACCUGACCACAAAUGCCAGUCAAAUACAACAACAGGUAUUGGAUCAAAUACUAACCCAAAAUGCACAAACCGAGUAUUUGGGCGGCUUUCUCAAUAGCCAAGCUGAUAAGGAACAUUUCAAGAAGAAAGUUCCCAUUGUCAAUUACGAAGAUAUCAAGCCAUACAUCCAGCGAAUUGCCAAUGGAGAGCCCUCACAGAUCAUAUCGGCUCAACCCAUCACUGAGCUCCUCACUAGCUCAGGAACUUCAGCAGGGCAGCCAAAAAUGAUGCCUUCAACUACUGAAGAGUUGGACAGAAAGACCUUCUUUUAUAACAUCCUUGUACCUGUGAUGAAUAAGUAUGUGGAUGGAUUGGACAAAGGAAAAGGAAUGUACCUUUUGUUCAUCAAACCUGAAAUAACAACUCCAGCCGGUCUGAUGGCAAGGCCGGUCCUAACCAGCUACUACAAGAGUAGUAACUUCAGAAACCGGCGCUUCAACAAAUUCAACAUCUACACAAGCCCCGACCAAACCAUAUUGUGCUCCGACAACAAGCAGAGCAUGUACUGCCAAUUACUGUGCGGUCUAGUUCAGCGACACGAGGUUCUGAGAGUCGGUGCAAUUUUUGCAUCCGCAUUCCUAAGAGCAAUCAAAUUCUUGGAGGAUCACUGGAGAGAACUGUGUCAUAACAUAAGAAGAGGUCAGGUCAGCGAUUGGAUCACUGACCCGGGUUGUAGAAACGCAGUGUCGUUAGUCCUGGGCAAACCCAAUUCAGAGUUAGCUUGUUCAAUUGAAGCGGAGUGUAGUGGGAAGUCAUGGGAAGGGAUAAUCAAGAAAAUUUGGCCUAAAACCAAGUAUAUCGAAGUGAUAGUUACAGGGUCGAUGGCACAGUAUAUACCAACCCUGGAAUUCUACAGCGGUGGGGGGAUUCCAUUGGUUUCAACAAUGUAUGCUUCUUCGGAAUGUUAUUUAGGGAUCAAUCUUGAACCAUUGUGCAAGCCUUGUGAUGUCUCUUACACUCUCCUCCCAAAUAUGGCCUACUUUGAGUUUCUUCCUAUCUCUUUAAUGGAGAAAAAUCAGCCAGGAGUGAGUACCCUUCCCACUGAUCAUGAGCUCCAAUAUUAUUCUUGCAAUGGUGCUGUUUCAGCUGAGCUAAAUUGCAUAGAAAAGGAGGAGGAUAAGAGGGUGGAAAGUGAAGCUGUUGGUCUUGUGGAUGUGAAGCUUGGUCACCAUUAUGAACUAGUUGUUACAACUUUCACGGGCCUAUAUAGAUAUAGAGUUGGAGACAUUCUAAUGGUGACUGGUUUCCACAACAAUGCCCCUCAAUUCCGGUUUGUGCAACGGCAAAAUGUAGUUUUGAGCAUCGAUACAGACAAAACCAAUGAAGAAGACCUCUUAAAUGCAGUGGCACAAGCAAAGCUCAUCAUCGAACCACUGGGCUAUCUUCUCACAGAGUACACAAGCUAUGCUGACACAUCCUCAGUGCCUGGUCAUUAUGUACUAUUUUGGGAGCUCCUAAAAACGAGAACAAACAGCAAUGAUCCCCAAGAACUUGAAGAUGAUCUUGAUCGAGCGAUAAUGGAGCAAUGCUGCUCAACGGUGGAGGAAUCACUGGACUAUGUAUAUAGGAGGUGCAGAAAAAAGGAUAUUUCAAUAGGGGCAUUGGAGAUUAGGGUGGUGAAGCAUGGGACAUUUGAUACACUGAUGGAUUUUUGUGUUUCGAAAGGGUCCUCUGUGAAUCAAUACAAGACUCCGAGGUGCAUCAAAUCUGAGGAAGCCAUUCAAAUAUUGGAUUCAAGGGUGGUGGGAAGAUUUUUCAGUAGAAAAGUUCCUUUCUGGGAGCCCUUUAGAAUCCAAACUAGCUAAUUAAAUACUGAACCAUUAGCCAGCAAUGUGGGUAUAUGUUCCAGUCAGGAGGGUUGAUUUUCUGCAUUGAGAUGCCUCCAGUCAUUACUCGUUUGCAUUUGACUUUGUAAAAGCACUUGGUUUAUCACUUGCGUUUUUCUCAUUCUUCUUCUUCUUCUUCUUCUUUCCUUCUUUGACACUUGUGUAUGCUUGAUUUGUACUGAAAUUAGGCUACCCGAGGAGUGAGUUUUGUUA